CAAAUUUCCCACCCUACGAGAAAAAAGAAACGUUCCCUUUGCUCUCUGCUAUUGGCUGCUUUUCCCUUUCUCUCUCUCUCUAAAAAUCUCGACGACCGACGUCUUCCGUCACCGGUUCUUUGAGGCCCCAUUCUUUCAAAGGUUGUUAUGAAAGGACUCGGUUUCGUAGCAGAUAAUUUUGUGAUCUAAAACUAGUUCUUGUUGAUGAUAUAUAGAAAUGAAGAAGGCGUUUUUCUUCAAAUCCUCCUCUAGCAGUGGUAAUGGUAACGCCGUUGUUCCUUCACCGUCAGAAGACAAGCAAGUUUUCUGGGAAAACACAUUGGAAAGUGAUUUCAAUGAUCAACUUGAUGACAAGGCUGAAUACAGUUUUCUCAGUCCUAAACGUUUCUUUGGAAAAUCUCGAAAGCAAAUACCGGACAGCCCUAGCUUUAGUAACGGUCCGGCGGGUCUUCGAAGGAGUCGUUCUUUGUCAUCAGCAGCCUUUCUUGUUGAUGGUCCAGAACAAGAAGAUGUCCCUUCCUCGUAUGAACAAAAUAGAUCUCCUAAUAUUACUCCAAAUCAACAGAGAAGAACUCUUACCCCUAAGAAAAAAUCUAAGGCUAAAAGACGUGAAGUGGCAGCUAAUGGCUUCGAGAGGCCUGGUCCUUCUAGUUCUUCAAGGAUACGCCAUGAUUCAUGGGGAAGCUCUUCCUCUUGCUCUAGCAAUGUGUCGAGUAAAGUUGUAGACCGCUAUAUUGAUGGAGAACAGCUUCUGGAAAGCAGUAAGUCCAAGAGCAGUUCUAAAAUAAAUAAUCUUCGAAAUGGUGGUGGGAGGCUUCCUCAUCGAGUUCAAUAUACAGCUCCACCGUCUCCAACAGAUAGUGUUAAAGAUAAAAACAUUAAUUCAUUUAGGGAAGCUAAAGGCACGCGUCUUCAGUUCUCAUCUAGAGACUGGACCGAAAACGGAUUUGGACAUGAGUCACCUCGGAGGAUUGCAAAGAAUGUGAUUGAGAGGCUUUCGCAGACUCAUAUCCCGAGAUCAAGUUCAAAGGAAUUUGAUCUUCAUAUUCCGAUCACCACUGAAGAUGUAUAUGGUGAAUACUUGCAUAGAUGCCCGGAGUCCAAAUUGGAUGUAUUGGCCCAAAAUGGUUGUGCAAUGGACGAGCCUUACGACGAUAUCAGAUAUCAUGAGGAUUUCUCUGGCUUGGAGAAGCAACAUCGUUUCUUUGGGGGAAAUUCUAAUGGUUUGAACUCUUCCGAAACUGAAGAGGAAACAGAUUUGGAGUUGCAAAGAAGAUAUAAAGAAGCUGGGGAGAGAGUUUUGCUUCUUUCUGAAGCUCUUGAUCAGGAAAGCUUCCUUCGUAACAUUGGCUUUAACAUUUCAUCUCUCAUUGGGACCAUUAGAUGCCUUUCGGAGGACAAAAUAAACCUGGCACUCGAGGUUUCAGAACUUCUACAGUCUAGAAUUGCAGAGAGAGAUCGUGCUAGGGAAGAAAUGAGAAUGGCAAGGGCAGAACUUGAGUCACAGACAAGAAAACUAGAGACGGAGAAACACGAGAUACAGUUGGGAUUGGAAAAGGAGUUAGAUAGGUCAAGUGAUUGGUUGUCUAAGCUCGAGAAGUAUAAGUUAGAAGAGCAAAGGCUUCGUGAACGAGUUAGAGAGCUUGCGGAGCAAAAUGUUUCUCUUCAGAGAGAAGUCUCUUCCUUGAAUGAAAAGGAAACAGAAAACAGAAGCACGAUGACUUAUUCUGUGGAACAACUUAAAGAGCUGACUAGACGGGUCGAAACAUUGAAUGAUGAGAAUGAAGAUCUAAGGAAAAAUCUCUCCCAAUUGCAAGAGAAGCAUCAAGCAGCAAUAGAAGUUACAGAUUGCAUUAGAAGAAAUUUUGAAGAGAAAGAUACGGAGUGCAAGGAGUUGCAGAAGUCCAUUGCCAGAUUAUUCCGAACCUGCAGUGAGCAAGAGAAAACAAUUGAAGGGCUGCGAGAUGGAUAUGGUCAGGAGAUGGAGAAGAAGCAUUCCAUGAAAAAGAAUGAAAAUCAGAUGAAAAUUUUGCAAAUGGAGCAAAUGAGGUUGACUGGAGUAGAAUUGGCCUUAAGAAGGGAAGUGGAGUGUUGUAGGCAUGAAGUUGAUUCUCUUCGACAUGAGAAUAUCGAUUUACUGAACCGCUUAAAAGGUAAUCGAAAAGACAUUGGAGCCUUAACCAUCAAGCUUGACAAGGAAAUGUGGAGUCGUGUAAGCUACUUGCAGGACCAAGGACUGUCUAUGCUCAAUGAGAGCAACCAUUUGUCUUCCAAGUUAAUCGAGUUCAUCAAAGGAAAAGCUAGUCAGCUUCAAGAAACUCAGCAGGGUCUAGAUGGUCAAUUUAUCAUUGAAUCUGAUAUAAAGGUACAAUGCUUUAAACGUGGAGCCGAAAGCCUAGCAAGGAGUUUGCAGACAAUAUCUACUUUGCUGAAGGAGAAAUCCAGUCCAGUUGCCUCGGAAGCUCACUCAGAAUCUAUGAAACCCGACAAUCAAUCUUCCGAGGAGGUUCUAAGAACAGAGCUUAAAUCAGAAACAUUGCUAACUAAUUUGUUGAGAGAAAAGCUAUACUCAAAAGAGCUUGAAGUCGAACGGUUGCAAGCCGAGGUGGGAGCAGCUGUAAGAGGUAAUGACAUCCUUAGAUGUGAAGUACAAAAUGCAAUGGACAACAUUUCCUGCCUCACCCACAGAUUGAAGGAUCUUGAACUGCAGAUACUAAAGAAAGACGAUAACAUAAGCCAUCUUCAGAAUGAUUUGCAAGAAUCAAUGAAGGAACUGUCGAUCUUGAGGGGGAUACUGCCUAAAGUUUCCGAAGAAAGAGAUUUGAUGUGGGAAGAGGUGAAGCAAUACAAUGAGAAGAACAUGCUAUUGAACUCAGAGGUGGAAGUAUUGAAAAAGAAGAUUGACACUUUGGACGAGGAUAUACUUUUAAAGGAAGGCCAAAUAACAAUAUUGAAAGACACUUUAAGCAACAACAAAACUUUUAACCUUCUCGGAAGUCCAGAUUUGACUCAAGAAUUCCUCCUGGAAUGAUCGGCCGAAAGGCGGGAGACUGAACAUAUUGUUUCAUAGGUUUAUACAAGUCUUUAUACUUUCGAAUUGGUGUUGUUGAGGUUGUUUUUUGUUCUUUCUUUGUCUUGGGUAAGGAAAGAGGUGAAAAUGGGACACAGUUUGAUUCUUUGUUAUAGAUUGAAAGUCAUACAGAUUGUAUGUAGUUGGUUUUCAUCUCGUAAAACCAGAUGAAAUUUUAAUCCUUUUUAGUUUAUGUUUGGGAAUUGAUCGUUAUCAUUGUGUAAAU